GACCGACUAAAGACUAGUAGCUCCGAGUACCGCCGUUGGCAUUCACCGUCCCCUCAUUUACAACACUUCACCGGACAGAGCCGCUGCAGACACCCGCCUCGAUAAACAUGGCUAACACUGAGGGAGGUAAACUGUGGGGAGGUCGUUUCGUGGGAGACACAGAUCCUAUCAUGGAGAAGUUCAAUGCAUCCAUCGCUUAUGAUCAGAGGAUGUGGGACGCUGACAUCCGAGGAAGUAAAGCUUAUGUGAAAGCUCUGGAAAAGGCAAAGCUGGUCACCACAGAUGAGAUGAGCCAGAUAUUACAUGGGAUGGAUCAGAUUCAUGACGAGUGGUCCAAAGGUGUGUUUGUGAUCAAACCCGGAGAUGAAGACAUUCACACUGCCAAUGAGCGCAGGCUAAAGGAGCUGAUUGGUGCACCUGCAGGGAAGCUGCACACUGGCAGGAGCAGAAACGACCAGGUUGUGACUGACAUGAGGCUGUGGCUGCGUGAUGGUAUUUCAACUCUGACGGACAAUACUCUGCAGCUGAUAUCUACGAUGGUUGAGCGUGCAGCAGCAGAAAUUGACGUCCUGUUUCCUGGUUACACCCACAUGCAGAGAGCUCAGCCAAUCAGGUGGAGCCACUGGAUUCUGAGUCAUGCUGUUGCUUUGAGCAGAGAUGUGGAUCGGCUUCAGGAGAUCAAGAGAAGAGUUAACGUUUUACCUCUGGGCAGCGGCGCCAUCGCUGGGACACCACUUGACAUCGACAGGGAGCUUCUGCAGAAAGAGUUGGGAUUCGAUGACAUCAGCCUGAACAGCCUGGAUGCUACGGGCCAAAGAGACUUUGUUGUGGAGUUCUUGUUCUGGGCUUCGUUGUGUUUGACCCAUCUCAGUAAGAUGGCUGAAGACCUGAUGCUGUACAGCACAAAGGAGUUCUCUUUCAUCAACCUCUCUGAUGCCUACAGCACAGGGAGCAGUUUGAUGCCCCAGAAAAAGAACGCGGACAGUCUGGAGCUGAUCAGGAGUAAAGCCGGCCGAGUCUUUGGCAGAUGUGCAGGCUUCAUGAUGACGCUGAAGGGCCUUCCCAGCACCUACAAUAAAGACCUGCAGGAGGACAAAGAGGCCAUGUUUGACUGCUAUGAUACUGUUCAUGCAGUGCUGCAGGUGACAACUGGAGUCAUGUCUACGCUCAAGAUUAGCCAGAGUGUGAUGGAAGCGGCCCUCAGUCCUGACAUGUUGGCUACUGAUCUGGCCUACUACCUCGUGAGAAAGGGGAUGCCGUUCAGAGAGGCCCACGGUAUGUCUGGUAAAGCUGUGUUCGCAGCUGAAUCGAAAAAUAUCGCCCUGAAUCAACUCACUGCGGAGGACCUGAGCGCUAUCAGCCCUCUGUUUGGAAGUGACAUCUCCUCAGUAUGGGACUACAGGAGCAGCGUGGAGCAGUACAGCGCCCCUGGAGGCACAGCCAAGAGUAGUGUUGCUGCACAGGUGGAACACCUGAGGAACUGGCUGAAGAAACAGGCACAGUGACCUCAAAACGACUUCACCUUAACAUUUAGAAUCAGGUUUACUGAAACACGUUAAAUAGGUCAAACUCUAACUUUUAUAACUUAAACCAUGUUGCCUUUCUACUAUUCCUUUCCUUUUAAGUACAUUUAACAUGUCAGUUGGAUAUGAAACAUAUUUUCAAUUGAUCAUGGAUGGAUAGUACACGUUACAAAUGACCUGACCAGUGUAAAAUAGCUGACAAAAGUGAAUAAAUGUUACUCAAACAAUGUUUUCACAACCUGAUUUCCA